AUGACAACCGUGAAACUCCUAGAGCCAGAGGUUAAGGAAGUCAAACCCAAAUUAAGUCAGUUCAAAAACCCAUUAUACCAUACUUUCUUAGUUGCGUCAUCUGCUUAUAUCUUUCUUCAUACAAUGUGGUUUGCUUUGGAGUAUGAAGAAGAGAAAAAAAGGCUCGAAGCCAAAUCAGAGGCGCUUGAAAAGGAAAUACAUGGGUUGGUAGAAGAGAAAAAGAUGGAACUUGAGUCCAAGAAUAGGAGCUGGAUUCCAAGGCUUUGGAAAUAA